CUGGGGAUUUUUCUGUCGAACCUUCACAAAACCCUCGGCCCCACACACCUAGCCGCCCGUCCUCUUCACGCGCCGAUUGCAACUGGCCCAUCUUUGUGGCGACUGCUCGAGACUACAACGAGAUCUUGGAAUCCGAUCGGUCCAUGUGCGGUCCAAAGGCGACAAUCCCUGCUGGAAAGAUUUUACUUUAGUGAUACUGUAUUGUCUGUGUUUGAGAGUGGAAUCCCACUUUUGAAGCAACGACUUCAGCAACUUCCAGAGUUAGAUAAGAUCAUCAUAGCAAUUCCUGAUGAUGGAGCUUGGAAAAGAUUCCACAAGCUGCUCGAUCAUUUUGCUAUGGUCAUCUGCAACAAGGUUCGGGAAGGAGACAAGAGAAUAGUCAGAAUAAAGGAGGGUAACCCUACGGGCUGCCAUGUUGUUAUCGUUGAUGACUUGGUGAAAUCUGGUGGCACCUUAAUUGAGUGUCAGGUUUUGCUUCUUGCCUUCUCCUUUUAUGUAUUUUAUUUUUGUUGA